GCCUUUCGGCUCACCAAUUCUUUCCCAUCGGAACAAACACACGAUUUCUGCAUUCCUUUCAGGCGCCUUCCGUCGACGGCGAGAUCCCACCGUGCUGCCGCUGCCUGCCAUUCGAGGUAAAAUAGGUUUUGUAUGUACUAGUUUAUCACAGGGGAUUGGCGAUUGAAAUUUGUGCUCGAUUUCAAAGUUCUAAACUUCGUUGCUGUGCUAUAUUCAAUCUAAAUCAGCUUCAGCUGGAACAGACAUGGAAAACGGCGGCAUCCCUUCAUCCGUGCACGCCACCGUGUUCAAAGAAUCGGAGUCUCUCGAGGGGAAAUGCCAUGAGAUCAAAGGCUACGACUUCAACGAAGGCGUGGACUACCAUCAGCUGCUUAAAUCAAUGGUCUCAACUGGGUUCCAAGCUUCCAACCUCGGUGACGCUAUUUCAGUUGUUAAUCAGAUGUUAGACUGGAGGCUUGCUGACGAGAUCAUUGCUGAAGAUUGCAGCGAAGAAGAGAAAGACCCUGCUUAUAGACAGUCAGUGAGGUGCAAGAUUUUCUUGGGGUUCACCUCAAAUCUGAUCUCUUCCGGUGUUAGAGAUACAGUUCGCUAUCUCCUUCAGCAUCACAUGGUUGAUGUGGUGGUCACUACUGCAGGUGGCAUAGAAGAAGACCUUAUCAAAUGCCUAGCCCCGACGUACAGAGGAGACUUCUCUUUACCUGGAGCUCAACUGCGUGCAAAAGGGUUGAAUCGCAUUGGCAACUUGUUAGUUCCUAAUGAUAACUACUGCAAAUUUGAGGACUGGGUUAUCCCCAUUUUUGACCAGAUGUUGAAAGAACAAAAGGAAAAUAAUACUUUAUGGACGCCAUCAAAGUUAAUUGCUAGACUGGGGAAAGAGAUUAACUGUGAAAGCUCGUACCUUUUUUGGGCAUACAAGAACAACAUUCCAGUGUUUUGUCCUGGAUUAACUGACGGUUCACUUGGGGACAUGCUUUACUUUCAUUCUUUCCGCAAUCCAGGAUUGAUCGUUGACAUAGUUCAAGAUAUUAGGGCCAUGAAUGGUGAGGCUGUUCAUGCAACUCCUAGGAAAACUGGGAUCAUUGUUCUUGGAGGUGGGCUUCCUAAGCACCACAUAUGCAAUGCCAAUAUGAUGCGAAACGGUGCAGAUUAUGCUGUUUUUGUCAACACGGCGCAGGAGUUUGACGGGAGUGAUUCUGGAGCUCAGCCUGAUGAGGCUGUUUCUUGGGGGAAAAUACGAGGCUCUGCCAAAACAGUAAAGGUUCAUUGUGAUGCAACGAUUGCUUUCCCGCUACUGGUUGCCGAGACAUUUGCCACAAGGCAAGCCAGAAACAUGAAGACCAGAGCUUGAUCUAUGGUGGCUACGUGCAGUUGGUUAACGAAGAGAGUGGCUAUUCAAGACCAACUUUCAUAACCAUUGGAAGGUUAAAGCUUCUAUUGUUUUACAUGGUAUCGAAGGUGUGAGUAGGAACCAUAGCUUUGCUGGAUUUUUCUUCUGCCAAAGUAACAAUGGCCAUAUUAUCCGCAUGGAAGAGUAUGAUUGUUUGAACUU